AGCGGAUACUGGAUAUUUUUUCCCACCGAAUAAAUCACUGUUGGUGUUUUCUACACCAAUUCAGAGCGUUAAACUGAAAAUACUGAGCAGUUUACCGACGGAGUACAGUUUUACACCGACAAAAGAUGACUUGACAGUUAAAACCAGCUCUACCUCUUCGGACUGUAGCGAUGUUUAAACCUCUGCGUGCAUAGUUUCCCACCAUUUCCCUGCCAGCGUGGACUUAUCAGUUUGUUUCGGGUUUGCUGUGAAAGGAGGAUUUCUGAGACGACAUGACGGAAAUCAGCGAAAAGGAGAAUGAGCCACAAAACCGGGACCUUCACCGACCACAGGCUACCGUACCCAGCCAGCCUGAAUCAAAGUUACAGCGGUUGAAGCGCUCUCUGUCCUUCAAAUCAGUCAUGCGCAGCAAAAGUAUGGACAACUUUUUUCAACGCAAUAACGGCGAGUCCCGCACUCCCUCAGCCCUCAUCACCUCACCUCCACCCCCGCUCUCUCGUUCCCCCAUCCCCGAGUCCCCCCUGGGCUACGAGCGCUCUCCGUCCCACUCCCCAUCUACCAGUCCGAACCCCUCAUUGUCCUCACACUCACCUUCCGUCAGUCCCUCGCUGUCCGUGACCUCUAAAUCCCAGCCAAAGUCUCAGGCCCAGCCGGUCAAGACCCACUGUUUCCAGGAGCACGUCUUCCGUCGGCCUACCAGCUGCCAGCGAUGCAAACACAUGAUCCAAGGGAACUCCAAGCAGGGGCUGCGCUGUAAAGCCUGUAAGCUGGCAACUCACCUCUGGUGCUCAUCAGAGCUCUCCCAGCAGCCCUGUAAUGGCAAGACAGGAGCGUUCAAGAGAAACUUCAGCUCUCCUAUGUUAACCACUGACACGCUGGGUGUGGUCAGAGAGGCUCCUGCUGCCCAGGAGGCAGAUAAUGGCAUUGUUGACCCUGUGUAUGAGGCGCUGCGCUAUGGGACGUCGCUGGCUCAGAUGAGUCGCUCCAGCUUCAGCAGCAUCUCAGAGUCACCCUGUCACGAGGCAGAAAAACUGCAAGACAAACUAGAAAACCAGCCAAUAGCUGAAGAGGAGCACAUCCCAGGAAUGCUCACCCCUCCUGAAAGUGAGAAGGCUGAUUCAGAAGACAGGGUCAGCCUGAAGACUCCUAAGAAAGUAGAGGUCCACUCCAUCCACACCUAUGUGGCUCUCUACAAGUUUCUGCCUCAGGAGAAGAAUGACCUGGAGCUACAGCCUGGUGACAGAGUUCAAGUCACAGAUGACUCCAACGAGGACUGGUGGAAGGGGAAAAGCAGAGACAAAGUGGGAUUGUUCCCAGCCAACUUUGUGCAGCGGGUCCGCCCUGGUGAGCGGGUGUGGAAGGUCAGUGAUGGUUUCCAUGGCAACCGAGACAAAGGCCAGAUGACUGUGAAAGAGGCCCAGAUCUGUGUUGGGAAGAACGAGGAGAUUGACGGUUUCCUCCGGCUGAGCAGCGGGAAGAAGCGCGGCUUAGUCCCUGUGAAGUGUCUGCUAGAAAUAUGAUGGCGGCGUACUUCUCCUUGACCCGCAGUUUGAUAGAGAAGUUCACUAUGACAGAGGAAUACUCAGGAGUGUUUACCCAACACCUCACUGACCACCAGCUACCCACCUCCA